AUGAGGGCAAGAAUAGAUUCAACAUUCAGUGAGUUCUUACUUCGAGUGGGUAACGGUGAUGAACCAACAAUAAGAGAAAAUUUAGUCCUCCUAGAACAAUUAACAAUCAAACAUUCCCAGGAUGAAAUUCAAGAAGAAUUCACAAUAAAAGAGAUAUUUCAAAACAUGCAAGAAAAUGCUGCUACAGCAAAAUCUGUCACUGAAAGAGCUAUUUUAGCAAGCAGAAAUGACCAUGUUGAUAAAAUUAACAACAAGUUAAUAUCUCAAUUCCCAGGUGAAAGCAAGAUAUUCAAUGGCUUUGACUCAGCAGAACAUGACACCAACAACUAUUACCAAGAAGAAUAUCUAAAUACUUUAACAACAAACGGUCUCCCACUACAUAGGUUAGAAUUGAAGGAAAAUGUACCGAUCAUGUUGCUAAGGAAUUUGGACCCUUCAAGUGGCUUAUGA